AUGAGCUCAGGACUUCUUAUUGCUUUGCAAUUGAUCUUCGUUCUUUUUGCAGGACAAGCCUUGCAUGCUUUGUGGCCAGCUGGCAGCGAAGGAACUAUUUUGCAGCCGCUCUACCAAAGGGCAAAAGCACUUCCUGGCACUUCGUCGCCGCUCUUCUUUUUCAUUCCAUUUCUUUCAACACAUGUGCUUACUUGCAUGAUCUACCUCGCACUUGACUGGUGCAGGCCUGCAUGGGUGCAAGCCAUGAUGGCGCACGACAGACGAGCGGGUGACUGGGGAGGUCAAGAUUUGGGUCUUGCUCACACGCUCUGGUCACAGAUUAGCGUUGCGCCUGUCACCGUGCUGAUGGUAUCCUACAUGCUUGCCAGGAAUGGGCCUGUCCCAUACACGAGGCCUUGGGUGGAGAGUUGUUUUGACAAUUGCGUUUGGGAGCUUCCAGCCAACGCGCCUUCACUUGCUGAGUUUGUUGUUCAUUUGACAUUUUGCUUGGUUGUAUCUGAUGCGGCAUAUGGCUAUGUGCAUUUGCAAUUGCACCGACAUAGAGCGCUGUGGAAGCACAUUCAUUCAAUCCACCACGAGUACAAGGAGACAUUUGUGACAGUCGGUCCUCACGUUCAUCUGAUGGAAUUUUUCACCGUUUUUACUCUGGCGCUUUUCUCACCUGCCGCAUGCGGAGCUCAUCCGUUCACUUGCUGGGUUUGGUACUCGUUUUAUACAUUGAUCAGCUUAGAGGCCCAUACUGGGUGGCGACAAACUCCAGUCGGAUGGAUCAUGAACUUGCUCACGAUGGGAAACUUUGGAGGAAGCAUGCAUCACCACCUUCAUCAUGCAGUUGUUUGGGGCAACUAUGCGCCCUUUCUCUCGUGGUUGGACAAAUUGAUUGGCACAGAGAUUUUGCUUGAAGACGAGGUCCGCGAGCCGGAGUUCAGUGGCAAGGCUGUGAAGCGAGAUCGUCCCGAGGUCAUUUCAAUGAAGAGCGCAAAGUCUGAAGCUGCCAAGGAAGUUCAGACAAACUUGAAAGGUCUGAAAGGUAAAGAACUUGCGAAAGAGAUUGCCUUGGACUGCGAAGCCAUCCAAGCAAUUCAGGCAAAGGGGCUACGCCGUCGAGCAGCAACUCCCCCGCCUAAGCUAUGACUGAGCCACACAUGCUGCGUUAUGCACGUCCCGCCACGUCGGCUCAGUGCCACGUAGCCAGACAUAGCCAUAUGGCUAACCAUAUGAUGCCAUUUGGGCCAUAUGGCGAUCAUAUGUGCAAUUUACUCGAGCCCGACAGAAGCUUUGGGCAAAAUG